UAAUGAGCCAGCGAGAACACUUGCUGUCCUGAGACUGAAUGAGCACAUCAACGGUGAGAACGGACAACCAACGGCGACUGUGGUCCUUCUUGUCGACUCUACUGGACGGCGGCUCUCGCUCAGGGGGACGCAGAGGGCGGGGUCCCUGGUGAGUUGGGAUGGAGUGGUGUAAGAAAAUGUUGGCCAACAUGAUGCCGAUGAAGAUCAGAGCAUUCGUGAAUGACUACUGCAAGAGAAACGGCCUACUGACGCUCUCUGUGUUUGCGGUGGUGACGGGCUGCACGCUCGGAUUCCUCCUGAGGUCAUUUAACCUGUCUACACAGGCCAAGAUCUACUUCUCCUUCCCUGGGGAACUGCUGAUGAGGAUGUUAAAAAUGCUGAUUCUGCCUCUCAUCACAUCCAGUCUUAUGUCCGGUUUGGCAGCCAUGGACACGAAAGCCAGCGGUCGUCUGGGGGUCCUGACCAUCACCUACUACCUGUGGACAACCUUCAUCGCCGUCAUCGUCGGCAUCGUGCUUGUCCUUAUCAUCCACCCGGGUACAGGCUCCGAGAAGGACGGCCACCACAUGAGCACGGGUCCUGUUAUGACUUCGGCUGAUGCUCUUCUGGACCUCAUCAGGAACAUGAUCCCUUCCAAUCUCAUCGAAGCAACCUUUCAGCAGUAUCGAACAGACCUGGUGCCCAUCGUGCAGAACUCCAACAUCAAAGAGUCACAGGCUAACUACGUGUAUGUCAUGCCCGACUACCACAACCCUCGCCUGGGCCACCCGGUCUUCCUGGAGAUCACCCCGGCACCUGAAAUCAACUACAAAAUCGUUCCCAGUACCAGCAAGGGCAUGAACGUCCUGGGGAUAGUCAUCUUCUCAGCUGCCAUGGGUCUGCUGCUGGGGAAGAUGGGAGAGCGAGGAGCCCCGCUGGUCAACGUGUGCCAGUGCAUAAACGAGUGCGUCAUGAAGAUCAUUAACGCAGCCAUGUGGUACUUCCCUUUUGGAAUCGUGUUUUUGGUGGCGGGGAAGAUUCUGGACAUGCAUGACCCAGCCCACUUGGGAGAGAAACUGGGCAUGUACUUCAUCACGGUUCUGUCCGGCCUCUUCGUGCACGGCCUCAUCUUGCUGCCCCUCUUCUAUUUCUUCUUCACCCGCAAAAACCCUUUCCCCUUCAUCAGGGGCCUCCUGCAAGCUCUGGUCAUCGCCUUGGCCACCUCUUCGAGCUCGGCCACUCUGCCAAUCACCAUGAAGUGUCUGUUGGAAAACUGUGGAGUGGACCGGCAAAUUGCUCGCUUCGUUCUACCCGUCGGAGCAACCAUCAACAUGGAUGGCACGGCCUUGUACGAGGCGGUGGCGGCCAUCUUCAUAGCUCAAGUCAAUGAGUAUGACUUGGACUUUGGUCAGCUGGUCACCAUUAGCAUAACCGCCACAGCAGCAAGCAUCGGGGCAGCAGGCAUACCUCAAGCUGGUCUGGUGACCAUGGUGAUAGUCCUGACAUCUGUGGGCCUGCCGCCUGCUGACAUCUCCCUGAUUGUGGCCAUUGAUUGGGUUCUCGAUCGCUUCAGGACCAUGAUCAAUGUCCUCGGCGAUGCCUUAGCGGCCGGUAUCAUGGCGCAUGUAUGCAAAAAAGACUUUGAGAGGGCGGCUGCUGCUACCAUCGGCGCUUCGUCCGUUGUCAGUAAUGGAGGAGGAUCCAAAAGGAGAGACACAGUGAUCUCGGUGGGAAACCAGAGCGUGACAUUGUCUGAUGCGCCCCUGAUGGCACACCGCUGCGACUUUGUAUUUGAGGUGGACGGGGACAACAUCCUGGAGAAACCUAUGACCUGCUAUAAUCUCUGCCAAGUCUAGAGAUACCUACUCACGUCAGCGGGGCCCUGCUGCGAACCAAACACUAACCUGAGACCCAAGUUUUUGCCAGUGCCGUGCCUAAGAGAAACCUUCACUACUUGAUGUAUAUUGUAUUGAAACUGAAUGGCUGAUAGUUUAGACCAGAGGUAGGGAACCUAUGGCUCGGGAGCCAGGUAGGGCUCUUUUGAUGACUGUAUCUGGCUCUCAAGCAUUUACCACAAUAAAAAUGUAUUUUUGCUAACAUUUUAAAGUAAACCAUCACAGAAAUGACUGUUGAAAAUAAUAUUCAAAAUCAACAACUUUCUUAUGCAUUUUAAUUCGUCCAUCUAUUUUCUACUGCAAUACGGCCGACCAUAUCUAUCUUUCCUGAUGAUAUUUUCCAGGUCAAACACCAAAACUUGAUUAUUACUGGGUAAUGCUGUAGUCUACCUCGGUCAUUGAGAUGUCAAAAAAACAUGUAAAUGUAAACUUUCCUCCUUUAGUCAAAUAGUCACCUAGCUAAAGCUGCAGAACCAAGCCUUUUGACGAAGAUGGCCAAAAGAAUGAAAUAUACUGAAUACGGUUCAAAACUAUGCAGCAGCAGAAGUUGCAUUAAUGGCAGCAAGUAUUUGAUUUAUUAUUAGACACUGCGCUGCUCACGAAAGUGUGCUGGCCACACCCCAUUGGCGUGGGGUAGUGUGCCUGGUCUACGUAAUUAGAGCCCAUUAUAUCUAAAACUGUUGGUCUUACAUAAAAAUGCACACAUUUUAUUGCAUUCAAUGUUUAAAAAAAUGUAUAUGGCUCUCACAGAUACACAUUUUAAAAUAUCUGGCCUUCAUGGCUCUCUUAGCCAAAAAGGUUCCCGACCCCUGGUUUAGACUUUCACCGUAGGGAGCUUUCCUAUUUAGACUCCAGUCAAGUUGCCUUAAGGUGAUCUCACUAACACUGAGACCGCAGCAGCUGAUCGACAAGCAGUAUCAAUGUUAAUUGUUUGACCUAGAACAGUCACAAUAGAAAACAAAAACAGCACCAUUUUUCUAGACAACUCUUUUUAUACCAAUGCUUAUUUUUUGUGCUUAUGUUUUACAAUUAAAAUUGCUUUACUAACCUG